AAAGGUGUGCCCUAAUUUCAAUUUCAAUGGAUUGAUAUAAAUACACCACUUUGUUACUACCGCCUCCUCGUCUUACAUUUUUGAAACUCAAAUCCCCACUCCCUUUCGAUUUCGAUCUUCUUUCAGAUGGAUUUCCAUAGCUUAAACAGAAGACAGCUUCAAUCUCUUUGCAAGCUCAACAAGAUCCCUGCUAACAUCACUAAUGUCGCCAUGGCUGACGCUCUCCAAUCUCUUCAAUCCGUUGUAGGAGUUGAAGAGUUUUUGAAUCCGGUUCCGGCUGAAACUGUUGAAUUGCCAAAUGAAGUGAAUGAGCUUAUGUCGCCGGCGCCUGUCACAAGUUGUAGAACUUCAGUUAGGUCGAGGGUGAAGAAAUCGUAUGUUGAUUUCGUGCCUGCGACAACUGAUCGUGGAGGCAGGAAGCAGGUAGACGCUGAAGGGGCUAAUGACGCCUUGAAAACUCAGGCGGUUGCUAGUACAAGAAAGAAGGCCGCGGAAACCUCUAUGGCUACUCAAGAUAGUGUGAAAAAAGAGGCGAAUACUGUGCAGAGAGCUUAUAGUACAAGAAGAUCAACACGAUUGACUGAAAAGAAACUUGCAGAGACCGGCGUGAUGGACAGGAAAGCGAGUCAACCAGUAAAGAUUGGUUCUUUCUUGGAAGAAGAGGAUUCGGGCAAUCUGGUUUCUGAGAAAAGUUUGGGAUCAGAAACAUCACACGAGUCAGACAUAUCAUUUGAGAACACCGAAGAUAGUGUCGUAGAAGGAAGUGUUGAAAGCUUUUCAAAGGAAAAAGUGGAAGAUAUCUGUGAAAUGUUUGACAAUGUGGAUUUAGAAGAGAAACAGAAUGAUGGAGAUAAGUUUGUUUCAAAUGAAGUUGACAACUCUGAGGAGGAGAAUGCUUAUGUCGUUUCUGAGGAACAUUCAGACAGCUUGCUCUCUGAUAAAGAAACCUUUGUUUCAGAAUCUAAGCCAAGUGAUACUCCAAGUUCAGAACUUGAAGACAUGUCCUCCGUUGUUUCAGAGAUGAAAAAUGAGUCUCUCGAGAGCAGUGCAUCUACAGAUAUGGCAGGAGAUGUUGUUCACUUAAACUCUGAGAAUCUCAGUGAGUUCUCAAUGUUGGAUAAUCCAGACGGCAAUUAUGUUGCUAAGGAAGUGACUGAAGAGGCCAUGGAUUUUGGACCGUCUGCUGAAGAACAAGUGAAUAUUUCCAAAAGCCAAGUUGAUGCUGUCCUUGUUGAUUAUCUGAUUCCCAAAGAUUCGAGCAUGACUUUUGAAGCUCCUCCUGAAGAAAAGACAGAGGACACUGCUGAUCAUAUGGAUGCUGAUAAAGUUGCACAAGAGUCAGCAGCUGAUAAUGCAAAUGAUGCUAUCAACCACUCAAUUCAUUUGUCGGCAAUGAAGCAGCAAAUCAAUUUGGAUGGCCCCACAUGCUUAAAGGAAAUGACUAAGGUAGACAAUGACGAGAACAUUGUAACCGAGCUGCAAGGUGCCACAGUUGAAGAUAAUAGAAGUGUUAAUGAAAAGGCUGAAAAUGACAAGCCUAAGUGUAUAACUGAGUUAAGUUUGAGGCAGCUAAAGAAGCAGCUCAAAGCCUUAACGAUAAAAAGUAACAGUAAUACCAACAAAGAUGAUAUGGUGACUGAAGCAAGGCCUGCUUUGCAAGUUGUGUGCGACAACCAAAUGGUUACUGGUGAAGACCACUGAGGGCUUUCUACAAUUUUAUUUUGGGUAGAUUGUAGUAUCGACUUCACCUUUGGAGGGACGAGCUGCCUACUGUUGCAAACUUUUUAAGUGUAAUGUGACAUCAAAUUUUUGAUUUGAUGAUCUUGAUACUAUAUUUGUACUCUCAUCUUUUUGAACCAAUACCAUUAUGCCAAAUAACAUAUGGCUUGGAGAGUUAUAAACACAAUGGAAAGUGGUUAUUAUCAUUGAUGCUGCUACUAUCUAGUUUGAUGAUCUUGCUAGUUUCUAAACCUUUAUUUACCUUUAUAUAUUUGUUUUGAAUUGAAAAAUAUGUAGAAGUUGAAA